AUGACAUUCUUCCACUGCAUUAAUUGUCUUAUCUUGACGUAUGCUCCGCUUGUUAUUUUUUACCAGGCUUCAAACCUGAACAAAUUAAAUCAGUAUGGCUGCCUUAUUAAAUCGCUUGGAGUGUAUAUGCUCUCUUCGCUUGUGAAGAUGCUUAUGGCUGCGACAUUGGCAAAUGUGGACACCAGCAGCGAGCUCUCGUUGAUUAAUGAUCUGCUGUAUUCCUCUGUCAAUUUGGUGGAUGCAUUGGCGUUGAAGUAUCUUCUGAACAGCUACAAAUUCGAUUUUACGACUCGAUGGACGAUUGGCGAGGAAGUGUUCUCUCGAAUGAUGCCGCUGAUCUUUUAUUCCAGAAUGCCCGACGUGGACUAUAAAUGGAUCCAGUUCUCUCUGGACGCCACCUGCGAUCUUAUCUUUACAAUUUCGUUUAGCAUGUCGGUAUGGAUGGCAUUGUGUGCCAAGGGCAAAAUGAAGCCAACGGCCAACGAGUUCGUUCUGUUUGCGAUCCACAUUGUGAUGCCUGGCGUAAUGGCAUUCUUGAAGAACUUGGAACUUGGCGAAGGCUGGGUUUAUCUGAUAGUGCAUUUCGUGGCGAGUUUGCUUCUUUACGGAGUUGGAAGAUGUAUGUUUAAAAGCAAGUCAGAAGCUAUGAAGGCGUAG